AUGUUUGUUGCCCUCAAGACCCGCCUCACCCACCAAAAUGCCAUCCGAGUACAUCGAACACUCCGGAAAAAUGUUGUAUCCCCGGUUCAGCAAUCAAUUGAAAUUGACUCAACGCCAAACGGCGCAGGUGAAGCUAAUGUUGCAUCCACAGCUGCCGAUGAGAAAAUGGACACGAACGAUUCACAACUGAAGAAGCGGCCUCGAAUCGAUAUGGCUACUGAGCCACGCAAAAAAGGUCGCUCGGUAUUUGGAAUGGUGCUAGGCACACUGAAGAAAGCUAAGGAUGAGGACAAAGCUCGUGCAAGUACAGAGACGGCGAAACGGCGCGCAGAAGAUAGCAUGAUUCGUCAACGACAAUCGACGCUUCCUGCGUUGGCCAACUUCUUGCUCACCACCGAUAACAUUCCUUCCGACUUUACAUUUGACCCUUCCGUAGUUGCAGAGCCUGGUGAUACCGAUACAAAUAUGGCCGAUGCGACCACGAAGGACGGUGCCGCGCCCCGUGGCAAGCAGCUUUCACAAUUUUACCUCUCCCUCCACGAUCCCGCAAUACCCCGUCUGGACCUAGUGCACGCGUUGAUGAAAAGCGGCAGUUUGAAACCAAACGAAUCUUGGCUGCUGAGGAAGAAGCGUGGAAAGUUGAACGCCAAGGGCUUGGAGGAAAUCCAGAUAUUGAAACAGAAUGCUCAAGAGGCUCAAGAAGCUGCUCGAGUCGCCCACAAAGCAGAAGAGGGCGCCGAGAAGCCGACCGAGAACGACGGGGAGCCGGCUCUCAACACUUCUGGCGAAAACGAGUCGAAAAUGGAAGGUGUAGAGGGCGAGCGGUAA